GAUAGAUUAACCCAUUCAGUCAUCUCUCUCUAUCUCUCUCACGCACCUGUUUCAAUAUCUAAAGUCUGGCCAUUGCUCACUGCUGUGUUCUUGUUUCUUCUUUUUCCCCUUCUCUCUGCCAAAAAGAGGAAGUAACUGAAAACAGAAGAAAACUUGUGCUGUGACAGAGAGAGGUCUAAAAAAACCAAAAAAAAAAAAAAAGAAAAAAGAAAAAAACAAAAUAAUAGAAAAACAUUUUCUGAUUUUUUUCAGCUUCUAUUAUUUUCAUUUGAUCUUUGGGUUUGAUGUUGAUGAUCUCAAUGUCGGUUUCUCAGGUAUUCUGACAAAUGAACUACAAGGACCACCAUUUCUGCUUGGAGUAUCAGUAUCAUUUAGCAUCUGGGCCAUUUUGUUAGGUGGAAUAUAUUGGCUUUUAUGCAAAGGCAACAAGGUGCCAUUGAUUCCUUCCCUGAAACGAUUGACAUCAAUCAGGGAUCUAUUUCAAAUAAUACUGGUAUGAGUCAACAAUCUUCUCUGAAUAACAUGCUAAAUCCAGUAGAAAAUAGGUUGUCAAAUAGUGCUGCAUCUUAUGGCGAGGUGUCAUGUGCAAAUGCUAUUACUCACAGUGGUCAGAGCUUUACUGGAUGGAAUUUGGAUGAAUCUAGCUCAAGGUUAACUCUGCAAAAUCAGGCCAGUGAUGAUGGUAUUAAAAUGGAAGAAAGGUCUUCUUCAGCAGAUAGUCAAAGUGUGCUUGGCCCAAGGUCAGACGAAAGGCGAUAUGAACCUUCUAAUAUCCUUUUCUCUGGGAGAGUUAGUAAUGGCGCCAGUGGUAGUUUGAUUAGAAAUGGGCCAUUAUUUUUACAGGGUUCCAGCUCAAACAAUGCACUGCUAGAUUUAAAUCCAAAUGUAGGUUAUGCAGGUGGCAGUAGUAGUGCUGUUCAUGGUACUGGAGCUGUUUUAGGCCCUAAUUUUUUCAAUUCUGGGGGAUUGGAAAUGGAGAAGGAAUCUUCAAGUGUUUCUUCUGAUGAUGUUGGUCCAUCUGGAACUUCUGGUUAUACAUUAGAGGAAACUAGUGGUGGCCCAGGUUCUUUAGGAGGUUGGGGUUUAUCCUGCAAGAGAAAGGCCCUUGAAGGUACUUCUGGGAAUUCUUGUCCUGGCGGAAGUUCAAGUUGCUUUCCACAGGCUGACAAUGGUUCAUGGCAUACAGGCACUACUCAUCAUAAUGCUUCAAGCAGUCUAACUUUAUCUCUACCCUUGCGGAAUUCCCCUAGCAUUAGCCCUCCUGAAUUGUCAAGUACAAGAAUUGGUUUUAGUAUGAGGACCGUAGCAUCUGAUGCCUUUCCUUCAUCAAGUGUUACGGGAAAUGAAGACCACCUGAGAAAUUUUGGUUGGAGAGUAAACCCUGGACAUCAACAAGAACCUCUAGCAUUCAAUUUAUCUACAACCGGAGGCACUAGGCAUUCCAAUAUUUGGUCAACGCACCAGUCUCCUAGACCUGCAUCAUAUAGUGAUGCCCUGGACUUUAGAUCAAUGCUGGCACCAAGUGCUACUCCUGGCCUGUCUCAUCCUAUGCGCUCUUCUUCGACAUCAAGAAACAUGCAUCCUUUCCCUUGGAAUGGAUCUUCAAAUUCAAGAGGCAUAAAUUCAUCUAGUUCUCUUAUCCGUGGAGAAAGUAGUGCUGCAUUACAAGAGGAUGUGAACUUAAGAAGCAUGUCAAGAAAUAGCGCAGAGCAUCCUAUGUUUGUGCCUACAACUGAGAUGAGAAACAUUGGACAAGAUCCAGCAGGUUGGAGUUUGGCCACAGGAAACAGGAGCACUUCAGCCAGUGCUUCAUCCAGUAGAAUUGGUCCUAGUUUGAGUAUUCAUCCUUUGGCUGCUCCUCCCUGGCUUCCUCACCAAAAUCCCAUAACACAUAACCAGCAAAGAUUUUCAGAGUUUGCUCCUUGGUCUCUGUUUCCACCUGUGGAUUCUGAGUCUGGAAGUCACAAUGGUCAUUUCUCCCCAAUUUCUUCUGGGCCUUCUGUUUCUUCCCCUCUGGAAACAGCAAUGUCUCCUGGAUCUAGUGGCCAAAGUCAUAAUCAAUCUUUUCCAAGGUCUGCAUUCUUGAUGGAAGGACAAGGUGAUGAUAUUCUUGGCAUGCCCCGUUCAUUGAGAGCUUUAGCUGCAGAUAUUGAAGGGAGACAUCGGCUAAUAUCUGAGAUUCGUCAAGUCUUGAAUGCCAUGCGCAGGGGUGAAAGCCUACGAAUUGAGGAUUAUAUGCUUUUUGAUCCAUUCAUACAUCAUGGUAUGGCCGAAAUGCACGAUAGGCACAGGGAUAUGCGCCUUGAUGUUGACAACAUGUCUUAUGAGGAAUUGUUGGCAUUAGAAGAACGUAUAGGAGAUGUCAGUACUGGACUAAGUGAGGGAACAAUUUUCAAGUUAAUGAAACAGCAAAAAUAUAUGUCCAUGAUGACAGAAUCUCCUGCAGAUUUGGAGCCAUGCUGCAUCUGUCAGGAACAAUAUACUGAUGGGGAUGAUAUUGGUACACUGGAUUGUGGGCACAACUUCCACAUUAAUUGCAUCAAACAAUGGCUAAUGUUGAAAAACCUGUGCCCCAUUUGUAAGAUGACAGCCCUGCCUACAUAAAGAGGGGAAAAAAAAAAAAAGAAUCAGGACCUGAGAAUUUUAUUUUCUUGCCAAUGGAUCAUCAGUCCAGCAACUGGAUGGAUGAUAUCCUACAUACAUCUCAUUUGGUUAAAAAAAAAAAUAUAAAUAUAUAUAUUUAUGAACUGAUGUACUGCACAAUUUGAUGUGUGGAGCUGCUGUCAUAAAGUUGCAGCACGAGUGAUAAAGGGUUUGUCCAUCUUCAAUGCUCUAUGACAAUUAUGAAUAUAUAUGAACUAAUAAUAUGGAUGACUUUGUCUAUUUCUUUC